GGCCAAGGGGCUCCAGAGAGAGGCACUGGGACCCUCUUCCAUCCUGUUUCCCUGCUGUGUGCAGCCCUCCCCGGCCCUGACCCUGCCUGGUUGCUGUGUGGGACUAGCGGGGCAGCUCCCCGGGCUGGAGCCCGUACCGGCGAGGGCAGGAACCCUCGAGCCUCCGCUUCUGCCGGUCACUGUGGUGUCACAGCAGCGGGGCAGGGCAGGGUGCGGGCUCCCCUCGCUGCCCUGCACUGUGCCCAUCACUGCCAGUGCCUCGUGGGUCUGUUGGCCCGGACCCAGAGUCCUCCUUAGUGCCGCCGCUGCCGGCCCUCCUGCUCAUCACGUGCUGUUUUCCAUUUGCUUUCUUGCUGCCUGCACUGUGGAGCAUGCCAGGGUGCCCAUGUUCUUGAUGCCAGCCCCUGCUCUGGCACUUUACAGGUGGAUCUGGGGCUGAGCAUCCCACUGUGUUUCUGAUGCUCAGCAGCUCGCAGCUUUCCUUCCAGGAGCACAGCGAGGGCAGCAGUGCCCUCUCUGCUUGCCUGCCUGUGCUUGUGUUGGAUCUGCCUCCCAAAGUUUGCUCCCACAGCCCUUGGUGUGCCCUGGGGCACUGCCUGCAGCGAGCUGGGGCUGGCUGUCAGCUGGGAGCAGGGUACAACACGACCUUGCUGCUCUCUGCCUGCUUGACCUUGGCUGAAGUUGUGUCACCUGUAAGUGGCUUCUGUGGUGCUGCCAGGGGCUCUGUGCUGGAAGCAGCUGGACCUGUGCUUCCAGAUCUCUGAGGAGCAUCCCCAUCUCCUCUCUGCUGCCCCAUUCCUCCAUCUCCCUGGCUGUCCUGCAGCCUGACAGCAGGAUGCUGAGAGCAGUGGUGAUAGCAUUGCCUCCACAAUGCCUUUGCCCCCUCAAGUGCUUUUGGUGGGCCUGAUCUUGUCCAUGGAGGUGCCCAGGGAGAUCUGUGCCUUUUCUCCUUGGAGCACCUUUUGGUGAGGUCCAAAGUCUCCCUCAAGCUCCUGACCCUGGGAUGGCUGCUGUGGUGGGAAGGUCCAAGUCCUUGUUGACACAGAAAAACGUGUCUUGCGAGUUUGUUGUCUUGUUCCUAAAAGCUCAGUGCACUUGCAGGUAGCUGCCUGGGCUGGGUCCUUGGGGUGGCUGCAGCCCAGCAGAGCAAGAAGAGAUCCUGAGAAACUGGUGGGUGGUUUCUAGAGGGCUGACUAUGGCCUCUUAGUGAGGAUGAUGAAGAUUUGCCCCUCACCCCCAUGGGUUGCACAGUUGUUUCAGUUGUUGAGUUCAGUCAGAGCCAGCUCAGUUGUCCUGCCCACACAAAGCCCCACAGCUCCAUCCAAAUGCCCCUGAGCUCUCUUGAGUCCCUUCAGGUGGCAACCACUGACUGGAACAGGCUCUCCUUGGCGAGCCCAGGACCUUCCUUCCCUGGAUGAGUCAGCUGUCCCCAGCACUUCCCUCUCAGCUGGCUUCUGUCCCUCCCCGUGGGUCUCAGCCCCAUGUCACAGCUGUGUCCCUCUGCCUGCCCUGGGGCCUGCAGGGCUGGCAGCAGGUCUUGUUCCUGCUCCUCCCUGCCUGCAGGCCCUGCUGGUGUCUUGGAGGGGCUGGGAGGGGAUGAGCCUGAGCCACUCAGGUGGAGGGGAACAGGGAGCUGGGCAGCAAAAUGCUCCUGUGUCCCAGUCCAGCAGGAACAUGCUGGCCCUGAGAGCCAGCCAGGCAGGAGUGGCAGAACCACUCACUUGUCCCUGAGGGUGGUUGUGUCGAGGGUCCCCUGCCAGGGACCCUCCUGUGAGCAUCCCAUGGUGCUGGGAGGACCUGACCCCUCUGGGGGUGACAGGAGUGCAGCCAGGACCCUGCCCCUGCCCUCUCCCCUCCCCACCCAGUGCUUGGCUCCAUUCCACUGACUGCUCUUUAUCCAAUGUCUCUUGUACCCAAAUCCGUGUCCCAUGGGGGGCUGAGAGCACAGACACAGACAUUUAGGAGUUUGUUUUUUUUCAGCAGUCGUGCAAAGAAUUGGACACUGUGACACAAAUACGGGAUUUGGAACCACAAAUAAAAAUGGUUGUGGUUCUGCCAUUUUAAAAAUAGCUUUGUCCUGUGCACUUCACAGUUCUCCUUCUAUUGCCUUUCAAUUCCAAAUGAGUACUUAACCUCAGGCCUGACCUGUUCUGCACCAGAGAACCUGGUUCAGCUGCUGUGAUGGAUCCCAGUCCCAAACCCCAGCUCUCCCGACUGUCCUUGCCCUGACCUUCCCUCCUCAGAGCCUGCUGAAGCAGAGACACGGAAGCUGUCCAAGACGGAGCGGCAGCGGUUCAGUGAGGAGGUGGAGAUGCUGAAGGGGCUGCAGCACCCCAACAUCGUCCGCUUCUACGACUCCUGGAAGUCAACCAUCAAAGGGCAGAUCUGCAUCGUGCUGGUCACAGAACUCAUGACGUCUGGCACCCUGAAAACGUAUUUGAAGCGCUUUAAGGAGAUGAAGCUGAAAGUGCUGCAGCGCUGGAGCCGGCAGAUCCUUAAGGGUCUGCAUUUCCUGCACACUCGCUCGCCCCCCAUCAUCCACCGUGACCUCAAGUGUGACAACAUCUUCAUCACGGGCCCCACAGGCUCCGUCAAGAUUGGGGACCUGGGCCUGGCCACGCUCAAGCGAGCCUCCUUUGCCAAGAGUGUGAUAGGCACCCCCGAGUUCAUGGCCCCCGAGAUGUACGAGGAGAAGUAUGACGAGGCAGUGGAUGUCUACGCCUUUGGGAUGUGCAUGCUGGAGAUGGCCACCUCGGAGUACCCCUACUCUGAGUGCCAGAACGCCGCCCAGAUCUACCGCAAGGUCACCUCGGGCCUGAAGCCCAGCAGCUUCUACAAGGUGAAGGUGCCCGAGCUGAAGGAGAUCAUCGAGGGCUGCAUCCGCAUGGACAAGAACGAGAGGUACACCAUCCAGGACCUGCUGGAGCAUUCCUUCUUCCAGGAGGACACAGGGGUGCACGUGGAGCUGGCUGAAGAGGAUGAUGGAGUCAAGUCUGGGCUGAAGCUCUGGCUGCGCAUGGAUGACACGAAGAAGCUGCACGGCAAAUACAAGGACAACAAUGCCAUCGAGUUCCUCUUUGAGCUCUACAAGGACGUGGCAGAGGAGGUGGCUCAGGAGAUGGUGGUCCUGGGCUUUGUCUGUGAGGCCGACUACAAGCUGGUGGCCAAGGCUGUGCGGGACCGUGUGAUGGCCAUCAAGCGCAAGAGGGAGAAGCUGAAGCGUGCCCAGGGUGCUCCAUCCCCCGCAGAGCCGGAGCAGCCGCCAGGUGUCCUGCGCCUCCUGGAGGAGCUCAAAUCCCCGCUGCCACCUGGCGGCCCCGCGCCUGCCCUGGCCACCCCUGGCUCUGGGGACUCUGCCUUCAGCAGCACCUUCCCCCUGGAGCCUGAGGAGCCCGAAGCUGACCAGCACCAGCACUUCACCUACAGACACACCAGCUACUCCUCAGCCACCUCCGACUGUGAGACCGACGGAUACCUGAGCUCCUCUGGCUUCCUGGACUCGCCAGACCUGGCCCAUCGCAGCUUUGUGGCUGUGGACCCUACCAGCCCACCCCCCAGCCGGCCUGUGCGCUGCUUCCCCACGAGCAUCGCUGUGCAGCUGCCCACGGAGCAUUUGCCCCCCGCCAGUGGCUUCUCCUCCUCGGUGGACAGCUACACCUCGGAUGUGGCAUCGGGCAUGAGUGAUGGCUACGAGGGGCUGUCAGCCAGCGAGCAGAGCACCAAGCUGCCGCCCAAGAGAGCCUCGGGGAAGCUGCUGCGGCGCCGAGCCCGCUCCAGGCUGCGCAUCACCAAUAUCUCUGACAAGAACGACCGAGUGGUGGAGUGCCAGCUGCAGACCUACAACAACAAGAUGGUGACCUUCAAGUUCGACCUGGAUGGGGACAACCCAGAGGAAAUUGCAGCCGCCAUGGUCCACAAUGAAUUCAUCCUCAAGUCAGAGCGGGAGAGUUUCAUCAGUCGGAUCCGGGACAUCAUCCACCGCGUGGAGACCCUGCUCCGCAAGGACGGCCGCGCUGGCACCGAGCUGCCCAAGGGCCCCGAGGCUGACAGUGCUCUGGGCAGCCCCGUGGACCUGCAGCUGCAGGGGCUCUCGCGCUCCAUCUCCUCCUCAUCCUCACUCAGUGACCUGAGCUGCACCAGUCCCAGCCUCUCUGUCCAGUCCCCUGUCCUGCCGUUGCUGAGCCACUCCCCAUCAGAGACCAACCUGGGCAGUCCUGUGGAGCCUCUGGCAGCCCCGGUGCCACUGGGGUCCCCCACAGGCCCAGCACAGACCUGGCCCCUGGCCUCCAUGACUUCCUCCUGGCUCACGUCGUCACCAGCACUGACACCAACGCUGACUCCCCAGGGGACCCCAGGGGGGCCUGUCCCCCCAGCCCUGCCCCAAGCCCUCCUGUCCCCCCAGCCUGUCCCCACACCCCCUGUUCCCUGUGAGCCCAGCAGCCCCCUGAGUCCCCCUGUGACCAGCACACCCUUGUCCCCCAGUGCCCCUCUCUUGUCCUUGGCCAAUGUUUUCUCCCUGGCAGUGAUGACCGUGGCCCACACUGUCUCCUCCAUUGCCAGCUCAAGUGGGCACCUCUACCAACCCCUGCUGCCACGGCCACAGAGUCUUGCCCUGGGUGCCCCACGCUUUGUCUACCCUGACCCCACCAGCACAGACAAGCCAGUCCCACCUGGCAGUGACACCCUAGAGUCAGUGGGAGCUGAUGUCCCCACUGCUGGGGUGCCCAUAUCCUCCCUUCCCUUGGCACCAGCCUCAACGAGCCCCCCAGGCAGCGAGGCCGUGGGGAGCCCUCUGCAGCUGCUGAGCACGUCCACACCUGGGAGUGCAGAGGACAGCAGGGUGCUGCACGGUGCCCCCAAGCCCAGCCACUCUCUGAUCAUCUCGGAGGCACCAGCCCCCAGCGUGCCCAAGGCGCAGCUCUCGCCCAUCAAUGAAGAAGCCAAGCCCCAGGUGCUGGGCCGGUUCCAGGUGGUGCCAGCCAAGGACCUGGCUGUGAGCUCCGCGGGGCUGGGCAGCAGCGACGGAGAGCAGCCCGGCACGAAGCCGGCAGCGAGCGCCUCCCCGCCUCCCCCAGUGCCUGACACGAGCCACAGCUCCAGCAGUGACUCGGAUGUGGCACCGGAGGCACUCAAAGCAGAGGAGGUGCCGGCCGAGGGGGGCUCUGCGCCUGCUGCGCCAGCGGGGAGCGACCCCGGGGAGGGCCCAGGGGAAGAGAGCACAGAAAAUGUGCCGCCGGCCAUGCUGAGCCAGGUGUGGCUGAGCUACUCCCGCAGCUUGUCCUACGUGAGCAGCGAUGACACCGAGAGCGAGGACGAGGAGAUCUGGGAGGAGCUGCAGAACCUGCGUCAGAAGCACCUGGCGGAGGUGCAGCUGCUGCAGAGCGCGCAGAAGAAGGAGAUCGAGGAGCUGUACCUGCGCAUGGGGAAGCAGCCGCCGCUGGGCAUCGUCUCGCCCGCUGCCAUGCUCUCGGGCCGCCAGCGCCGCCUCUCCAAGGGCAGCUUCAACCCCUCCCGCCGCAACAGCCUGCAGCGCCUGGAGCUGGCGCCACCCGCAGGCAUCAUGCGCCGUAACUCGCUGAGCGGCAGCAGCACGGGCUCGCAGGAGCAGCGGCUCAACAAGGGCGUGACCUUCGCCGACGACCUCGGGCGUAUGCUGGCUGGCCAAGAAUGACUCCAUGAACUACCUCAUCCAAGUGCCUGCUGCCGCGGGCGGGCAGAGCCAGCCCUGCAGAGCCCACGCUCCCUCGGCUGUGCCUGCAGCAGGGGAGUCGCGGGCCCGGUGCAGGCCUGUCCCCAGGGGUCUGCCCGCUGUCCCCAGCCCCUCUGCUGGAGGACACGAGCGAGGUGUCUCUGUGCUUGGUGGCUGGAAGGAGCUGAGCCGCCCUGAGGAUCCCCCGGCUUGUCCCAGCCGCGGGCCGACCCCGCCCGCCCCGCGGCCGCCUUCAGCUCCCGGCGUCCCUGCAGGAUCUGGGAGCAGUUUGUUAUGAACUGGCGUUGGAAAAGCGUUUUCAUAAACAUGGAUUGAAUACAAA